AUGCUUGUUAUAGAAAUUUCGACGCCAGCUAACAAAAACAUCAUUGCCAAGGAGAAUGGAAAGAAAAAGAGAUAUGGAGACCUCAUAAAGGAGUCGCGACAGUUAUACCCGGAAUAUUCUGUUAGACUAAUCGUCCUAACUAGCGGCGAUCGUGGUGGUGCCAAGCUUUCACUGAAUAUACAACACGAGCGAGAAGUGUGGAAAGAAAUUCUAAUAAGACUUCUACAUGUAACCUUGUUUCUUGCUAAAAGAGGUUUGGCUUUCCGCGGAGACAUUGCCAAAAUUGGAGACCCAUCCAACGGUAAUUUCCUCGGAAUCCUCGAAGUUCUAGGAAAAUAUGACCCGCUUCUUAAUAACCACCUACGAAAAGCCCGUCACUGUCAGGAAACUGGAAAAAGAUUACAGGUGCAUUACUUAUCAGCAGAACGUGAAGGAGCGAAGUAUUUUUCACUGAUUGUCAAUGCAACUCCAGAUUCCCCUUACGUUAAACAAACUGCAUUAUUAAUUCGAUAUGUCAAUUUCACAAAGUCUACAGAGGAGUUCAGGCAAGAAUACUGGCUGCCAACAGUUCAGCUGUCUAUUCUGCCUACGCUAGUCACCCUCUCAACCUUAGUUGAGUACAAGCAGCUGAGACGAUGGGAAAUACUGAAGGAGAAAAUAGACUGCUCACUGCAUUCAACCUCUCGAACUCGAUGGUCUCACAGGUUUGUCGCCCUGCAACCGCUUUCUGCUUAUCUUUCAAGAAUGGCAGAAGCACUGGAUGAGUUGUUAUUAUUAAAUUUAUCAGCAGAAUGUCAUGGCGAUGUCAAUAGACUCAAAAAAUGGCCUGAAUCUCUUCAAGAGGAAACCAAGAGAGGUCGCAAGCGAAAGACAAUGGCAAACGAAAUCGACCACGAAGACUCUGAAGAUGACAGAGUAGAAAAUGCUGUAUCAGAUGUGAAAUUCAAACGAGGGGUGUACUACAUUGUCCUAGAUCAUGCAAUUCAGGAUAUAACUGAGCGUUUUGAAGCAUCAAAAGAACUUUAUCAAAAUUUCUUUGUUCUUUUGGGAGUUUUCCAUCUUAUCGGAAGAGGAAAUUAA